ACCGCCGCAGUCAACCUCAACGACUUCCGCCUGUUGAGAGUCAUCGGCCGAGGCGCUUUUGGAAAGGUGCGCAUCGUUGAGCUCAAAGAUACUAACCUGUCCUUCGCCCUCAAGUACAUCCGCAAGGAUAAAGUCGUACGAUCCGAGAGCGUACGAAACAUCAUCCGCGAGCGGCGGAUUCUCGAAUACGUCAACCACCCCUUCAUUUGCAACUUGAGAUACAGCUUCCAUGAUACCGAGUACAUGUACCUUGUGGUCGACUUGAUGGCCGGCGGUGAUUUGCGGUUCCACAUCUCCAGAAAUACCUUCACCGAGGAGGCGAUCGGGUUCUGGAUCGCAGAGCUGGGUUGCGCCCUAAGGUGUAUCCACAGCCGGAACAUGAUCCACAGAGAUAUCAAGCCCGACAACGUCCUUCUCGUCAUCUACAACACAUCCAAGUACUUCAAGACGGAGGAGUCUCCUUUGGGUGAGCCGCAGAUAACCGUGGCUGAGUGA